AUGGAGGGCAGGGUAAUCACAAGGUCGCCCAGCACAUUUUCCGCAUCGGCACUUCCUACCUCUCCACUACGCCCAGUUGUCUCACUUCAUGCUUCCAUCGACUUUGUGCCUGCCAAGAUACCGCGAAAACGCAGGUUGCAAACGUUGGCAGUUGCUGUUUGGUCCACAGUAAUUAUAAUUUCCGUCUCCCUGUUUUUGUAUCUCUGUUCGAUACCCGCCCUCUGGCCUUUGAUCGCAGUAUAUCUCAUCUGGAUGUCAUGGAUAGAUAAGACCCAUGGUUCCGCUUCCCUGAAAUUAUGGCGGUACUUUGCUGAAUACUAUCCUGCAUCGUGCGCAGAAUGUGAUCUUCCCCCCGAUCGCCCAUACGUAUUCGGGUAUCACCCUCAUGCCACCGGGUUCUCCGCGGCUUUCCCGGGUAUCCGGCCGCAUCUUCUCACCCUUACUAACAAUUUCGAUGUUCCGGUGUACCGAGAGAUUCUUGCGGCCCUCGGAAUUAGCAGUGUUUCCAAGCAGUCCUGCUCGAACAUUCUGAAACGUGGACCAGGGGAGGCAAUCACCAUUGUCGUAGGUGGCGCAGCCGAGAGUUUGAGUGCACGUCCAGGUACCGCAGAUCUCACUCUGAGACGGAGCGCUGACCUUGUUCCUGUAUUUUCUUUUGGAGAAAACGACAUAUACCAGCAGAUGGCCAAUGAAAGAGGCACCACGAUCUACGCCCUGCAGAAGAGGUUCCAGAAGAUGUUUGGGUUUACCCUACCGCUCUUCCAUGGAAGGGGGCUCAUGAAUUACAACUUGGGGUUGCUCCCCUACCGCCGCAGAAUUGUGUCUGUCAUCGGCUGCCCUAUUCAUAUCGAAAAGUGCGAGAAACCCAGCCUAGAGGAAGUGACACGAGUACAAACGAAAUAUAUUGAGGAAAUCACCAGAAUAUGGAACACGUAUAAAGACGAGUUUGCAAAAACGCGAAAGAGGGAACUCAGCAUUAUUGAUUAG